UAAUCCAGUCCACUGAGUUUUCACUGGAGGCCUGACAAGCCUAAUAAUAUCUAAAGCAUCACUGAGAUAAUGUUUCCAAGCGACACCAUCUUGGUGGGUUUCUUGCUACCCGAGCUUUGCCUGGGUGUCAUAGGAAACUCAUUGCUCCUCAUGCUGUAUGUCUACAGCUUCUUAGUCAAAGCUCACUUUAGCAGACCCAUCAACCUUAUUUUCAUUCACCUUAUGAUAGUCAAUGUAUUGACGAUCAUAUUCUCUACGAUAUCAUAUGUCAUGGCGUCCUUCGGAGUAAGACAUUUCCUGGACGAUGCUGGCUGUAAGGCAGUUUUAUUUGUGUUCAGAGUCACCCGGGGUAUGUCCAUCUGCACCACCUCUAUUCUGAGCACAUUUCAAGCCAUCACCAUCACUCCCAGUUAUUCUAAGUGGGCGUGGCUUAAGCCUAAGCUCCCGAUGUGGACUUUCUGCUCCUUCCUGUUUUCCUGGUUCAUCAACCUGCUCAUGUAUGUGCACACCAUUAAGACUGUGAUAUCAAAAUUCAAUUACACGGAUGUUGAGUAUAGAUAUUCUCAUGUUUACUGUAAAAGAAUACCGAAUGACCCCAAUGAAGAUUUUUUCCUGAGUGUUAUCAUAAUAGGAGACGUCUUCUUUAUGGCCAUCAUGAUAUGGACCAGCCUGUAUAUGGUGACUCUCCUCUACAGACACCGCAAGAGAGCCCAGCAUCUCCACAGCAUAAGCCUCUCCUGCCAGCCAUCUCCUGAACGCAGAGCCACUCACAGCAUCUUGUUGCUGGUGAGCUGUUUUGUGUUCUUCUAUUGGUUGAACAACUUCAUCACCCUUUCUGGAUCUUAUAUAGAUGAAAGAAGGCCAACACUGGGGGCAAUUGUUGUGAUUGUGUCAUCAGUCUACCCCACUCUCUGCCCAUUUUUACUGAUGAGCAAUAAUAGAAUGAUUUCACAGUUUUUUUCUUCUUUAUCAACACUAAGAGCUACCUGUUUGCAAAGACCAUCCGGUGACUGA